UUAAUGUAGUUUAGAACUUUCAAUUUUGCGAAAUUAUGAAUGCUUUUUCAGUUUUCCAUCUGAUUCCUCAAAAUUUCGACUAUUUCCACACGAAAUAACUAAAAAUCUCAUAGAAUAUUAAGGGAACAGAUGAAAUUGAAAACCAAAAAAGUUCUAAAUAACAGUAAUCCUUAAAGGUUCACAUUCUAUGUCAUUCUACAAAAACUUUCGUUUUAAGACAAGUUUGAUUCCUACAUUUUGGUUUUUUGUAACAAUAUAAAAAACGCAUUUUAUAGUUUACUACCAUUCAUUCGAUUUAAUAAUAUUCAACUAACUGACAUUAGGUGUCACACAAAAGAAAUCACACACUAUACAUCAAAAUAUACAUCACAAACUUCUUCUGCUCAUUGGCUGCUUCGAAAACCUGAAUAGUUUAUAUUAAACUAGUGAAAUCGAAUUCAUACAAACCUGUUUCGAUUCACUACUUUUCAAUCGAUGGUCAAACGUAGAAUCAAAAACACGUGUCAGAAACACUUCCAAUCAUCAAAAUGAUCCAUCAAUUCCACUCGGAGCAACAAUUUCGAAGCCUGGGAAUGUGUGUGGUGAGCACUUUUGGCUCUGGUAGAGCAUGUACCUUUAUAGGUGCGCUCUACGCAAUUCACCAGCUGAACAAUGGAGUUGAGCCUAAUAUCUUCGAGAUCAUGAAAACUAUCAAACAGCAGCGCCCUGGAGCAAUCGAGUCGUUCCCACAAUAUUCAGGUGUAUAUGCAAUCGUUUUAGACUACAUUUCGCGCAAACGCGGAGGAAAGUCUGAUCCUGUUAACAAAUACAUAAAUCGUUUCCUCGCUGAUCUCACGGAGAUAUUGCCAGCAUGCUCAACGUUGCCAGUGAUGAAUCCAAGCACAGAACUGCAUUAAGUAUACUAUUUAUUACUCGAUACUUUUGUUCACAUAGGUUUUUUAAAUCAUAUUUUAUGCAUCAUUUAUCAUAUUCAAUGCAUCAUUCAUAUCAUAGUCAAUAAAAAGGUUGAUUUCUCAU